AUAUCAUGCUGUUAUCUUUCCAGCUCGUCAACCACCACCCGACGCCACCAUGUCGUUAGCCGAUCCCGUUGCCUUCAUGAAGGAUUUCGCCGCCGGCGGUAUCUCGGCGGCCGUCUCGAAGACCGCCGUAGCUCCGAUCGAGCGUGUCAAGCUGCUGCUCCAGGUUCAGCACAUCUCGAAGCAGAUCGCCGAAGCCGACCGGUACAAGGGCAUGGUUGACUGUUUCGUGCGCAUCCCCAAGGAGCAGGGCGUCACCGCCUACUGGCGUGGUAACAUGGCCAACGUUAUCCGGUACUUCCCGACCCAGGCGCUGAACUUCGCCUUCAAGGACAAGUACAAGCAGGUGUUCCUGGGCGGUGUGGACAAGAACACCCAGUUCAUGCGCUACUUCAUCGGUAACUUGGCCUCCGGUGGUAUGGCUGGAGCCACCUCGCUGUGCUUCGUCUACCCGCUCGACUUCGCCCGUACCCGUUUGGCCGCUGAUGUCGGCAAAGGUGGUGUCGGUGGUGAGCGUGAGUUCAAGGGCUUGGGCGAUUGCUUGGGCAAGAUCUUCAAGUCUGACGGUUUAGUCGGUCUGUACCGUGGUUUCGGUGUAUCCGUCCAGGGUAUCAUCAUCUAUCGUGCUGCCUACUUCGGCUUCUACGACACUGCCCGUGGUAUGCUGCCAAACCCCAAGACCACCCCAUGGUAUGUCAGCUGGGCUAUCGCACAGGUCGUCACCACCGUCGCUGGUAUCGUGUCCUAUCCCUUCGAUACCGUCCGACGUCGUAUGAUGAUGCAGUCUGGCCGUGCCAAGUCCGAGAUGGUUUACAAGGGCACCCUGCAUUGCUGGGCCACCAUCGCCAAACAGGAAGGUACCGGUGCAUUCUUCAAGGGCGCCUUCUCCAACGUUCUCCGUGGUACUGGCGGUGCCUUCGUGUUGGUGUUGUACGAUGAAAUCAAGAAGUUCCUGUAAGACCCUCACUGUCCUGUUAUGCUUUUAACGCGUUUAGAUCCCCACCCCCUUUCUAUUCCAAUCCUUUCCCAUCCAAUCCCAGAUCCCGGCUAGAACAAACCCCUUCCCAAGACCCCCCUCCUAUCUUAUCCUAAAAUACUGUCUCUCUCCUACCUCGAUCAAUAUCCUCACAAGCGAUUGACUGUUUUGUUCGAAUUUCUUGAGCACUACACAAAAAACACACUAUUUGUACAAAGAAACAAAAACUCGAAGUUUAACGUUAAUGCAACGAAAAUGUAAACGGCGAACUAUAAUAGGAAUGCAUGAGCCUGAGAUUAAAAGAAGAAGUAAAAAACAAUAACGAAACACAACAGAAA